CAUGACCUACGACUUUCAUGGAGUCUGGGACAAGCCCGAAACGCCGAGCAAGUGGGUCGUCCCGCUCCUCAACGCCCACACCAACUUGACCGAGAUCAAGGGCGCCAUGGACCUGCUCUGGCGUAACGGCAUCAGCUCGGACAAGGUCACCUUGGGCAUGGCCUUUUAUGGCCGGGCGUUUACCGCCAGCAGCCCCAGCUGCCUGACCCCGGGGUGCACGUUUGAGUCGGGCGCCAACGCGCAGCUCUGCAGCCGCGAGGUCGGCAUCAUCCUGAACUCGGAACUCGACCAGCUCAUCAGCUCGCGGCAGCUCACGCCCACGCUCGACGAGGCGGCCGCUGUCAAGCUGCUGACGUGGGAUAGUAAUAAGUGGGUGGCGUACGACGAUGGCGACACAUUUGCCUUGAAGGCCAAGUUCGCGCGCAGCCAGUGCCUGGGAGGGCUGAUGGUGUGGACUGUUUCGCACGACACAGAAGACGCAAAGUACUCGCAGCUGUUGGGCAACGUGGCGAAGCGCAAGUUCAAUGCCGUCGUCCGGAGGAACGUCGGCGAUGGUACGGGGGAAGACGACGGCUACGAGUACACGGCCGAGUAUAAGCAGCAGUGUCGGUGGACGGGCUGCAACGAGAACUGCCCUUCCGGCUGGAUCCGCAUGCUGCGCAAGGACUCCGGGGCCAGAGGCGAGGAGUACAUGGUCGAUGAAACCGGAUGCGGCGGCUAUGGCCAGCACCAGCUGUGCUGUCCCCCGAGUCAGACGCCCCCGACUUGCGGCUGGUAUACGCACAACAACGGAAGAUGCGCCAACAAGUGCCCGGAUGGCACCAGGGAGAUUGGCAGCAACGCCAAGUACUGCCAUCUAGAUGCGAUGGGUGGGUUCAGCUACCAUACUUACCAGGCGGCAUGCUGCACCACGGGCACGGAGAACAUGAAACUGUACGACCAGUGCGACUGGACGGCGUGGCCGUUCUGUAAUUCGGUCAACACCUGCCCGGGGAACCAGACGAUAGUCGCCUCGUCCUGGACGGGCAGCGGAGACGCGAUGUGCAUCGCCCAGAGCAAGAGAGAGUACUGCUGCGACAACAACGACGAAAACUCGCAGUGGAGCGAGUGCGCAUGGCAUAGCGACCUCAGCCAGAGCAGCACGACGCAACCGGCCGAUUUCUGCCACGCCAACUGCCCCCAGGACACGGUCCGUGUUGCCAUGGACCAGACGGGGUGCUCCGGGGGCAGCGCCUCGGCCGAGUGCUGCACGCCGAACAUCAAGACCAUCUCCAAGCGGCAGUCCGGCCAGGAUGCCGAGUACGAGUACUACCUGGAGAGAUUCCUCGCGUCCCCAAUCUGCGCCAACUCGGGCAUCUACGAGCACUGGGACUUCCUGGGCAUCCUGAUCCGCGACCUCUUGGCCUUCAACGCGGAGUCGUACACGGUGGCGCUGGUCACGGCUCUCUUCUGGGGCAGCCCAACCGUGUCGCAGAAGGACCUCUGGAAUCGCCAGAUCGCGGCCGUCACCCAAUUCACCAGCCUUUCGUACGCCAACCUGCACGACUACCUGAUGAGCAGCGAGGCCAGCUACAUCUACGUGAGCGCCGGCAGCACUCAGGGUGCGGAGUACAUUGUCUGCAAUCUGAACCUCCUCGCCAGCCAGGUUGCCAACUGGCUCGCCGGGAAAGGUGGCGGCGGCGGCGGCGGCGGCUCGACCGUCACCUGCGUCUGUGUCAGGAGUGAUUGCUGCGCGGAGGAAGACAGCGACUGCAUUGGCUUCGACGCCGAGUCGGAGUUCUCAAAGAGAGGGCUGCCUGUGUCGCCAGCCAAGGAGCUGGAUAAGCGCGGAAAGGCACGAUCAUACAUGAUCAAGCUCAACAACCACAACACCGCCCCUAUAACCGUCUUGGACUACCCGUGGGAGGCGCCCACGUACCCCUCGACAGGACAGUUCACGAGUCCAAGAGACAACGCUAUCCUUUCCGAGGCAUGGGACUUCGACCCCAACUGUCCCCAGUUUCGACCCAGGUCCGUUUCCUUGACACCGGUGGGCACUACUUCUACCAGUGGUUUUGACUCGGAGCAUGUUUUCGAGCGGAAUGCGAUACCGAAGUGGUCUCAGAACGCCGUCGACGGUGUGUUGGCAGACAGGGCCACGCCGUUCAAGAUGAAUGGGGUCCAAUACCUUGUUCCGCUUAACUUUUUCACUCACACCUUGUUUCACAUCGUUAAUCCCCAGGCAGGGCCGGCCGCCGGUGGCGCCCCAUACACAGACUUCCGAUCACGUAUCAUGAACGCCUUGGGGUCGACGCAAAAUCGCGCCGUCAUGUCGCUCGUCAGAAAGCAGAUGAACCUUAUGAAAGAACAAAUGUGGGCCUACGAGGACAACGAACCCGUCAAAAGGAGUUUAUGGAGAAUUGGCUGUACGGCAAGAAUGGACAAGCCCCAAACCUGCAGGAAGCGUUGCGGAACAUCCGUAAUGUCAUUGCCACAUUCAAAUUCCACAAUGAAGCAACCCCCAAUACCAAGCUCAAGACGGUCAUCGAAACCAUCCGAAAGGAGAUUCGCGCCGCCGAGCGGCUUCAUUUCAGCAUUUUCAACGUUAGAGUGUACGCGCUCGACCAUUUUGAUGCCUGGAUGGCGAGCUUCUUUGCGGAUAUGGCGACCUAUGCGAAGGAGUGGCUUAACCGAUACAUCAACGACCUGGAGUUGGUGGGUGGAAACAACGCCCAGAUCAUGGCUCUGAUUCCCCAGCUUCGGGCAGAGACCAACAGCUUGGCAAUAUCUCAAACGAACUUUUACCCGCAAUUGCCAUAGUUCAUAGAUAGCUUUAAGAACCUGCCGUCCUCGGGUGCGUGCGCGGAUUCUCUCGAAGGGUUCAAU